GACGCACAACAAACUCGCUGCGCGAAAAACAUUCGCAAAUAUUUAAUGCAAAUUCGGCGCGCUUUGCUCUUUCCUAGCAGAUUACAGGCAAUAACCGGCGGCCGGCAUCCAGCACUUCCCCAUGCGGCUCCUCAAGCCGGGCUGGGUGCAUCAUGAUGACAAACAGAUAUUCUCGGUGGAUAUCCAUCAGGACUGCACAAAAUUCGCCACCGGUGGCCAGGGCAGCGACUGCGGUCGCGUUGUCAUAUGGAACAUGCUGCCGGUGCUCUCGGAGAAGGCCGAGCUGGACGAGGAGGUACCGAAGAUGUUGUGCCAAAUGGACCAGCACCUGGCCUGUGUCAACUGCGUGCGCUGGUCGCAGAAUGGCCAGAACCUGGCCUCCGGCUCCGACGACAAGCUGAUAAUGAUCUGGCGCAAGAGUACCGGCUCCAGCGGUGUUUUCGGCACUGGCGGCAUGCAGAAGAAUCACGAGUCCUGGAAGUGCUUUUACACGCUGCGCGGUCAUGACGGCGAUGUCCUGGAUCUGGCCUGGUCACCAAAUGACGCCUAUUUGGCCAGCUGCGGCAUCGACAACACUGUGAUCGUUUGGGACGCCCAGGCGUUCCCGCACUCGGUGGCCACGCUCAAAGAUCACACCGGCCUGGUUAAGGGCGUCUCCUGGGACCCGGUUGGCAGGUACCUGGCCUCACAGUCGGACGACCGCAGCAUCAAAAUCUGGAAUACAAUGGACUGGACCGUGACCUACUCGAUAACCGAGCCGUUCGAGGAGUGCGGCGGCACCACGCACUUCCUGCGACUGUCGUGGUCGCCGGACGGCCAGUAUCUGGUCUCGGCGCACGCCUUGAACGCCGGCGUCCCCACAGCUCAGAUCGUGGAGCGCGUGGGCUGGAAGACUGAGACGGACUUCGUAGGCCAUCGCAAGGCGGUGACCUGCGUGCGCUUCCACAGCUCGAUCAUGCAACGCCCGGCGGCUGGCGGCAGUCCCAGCAAGCCACUGCAGUACUGCGUCCUGGCGGUGGGCUCGCGCGACCGCUCGCUGUCCGUCUGGAUGACGGCGCUGCAGCGGCCCAUGAUCGUCAUCCAUGAACUGUUCGACGACAGCAUCUUGGACUUGUCUUGGGGCCCCAAGGAGUGCCUGCUGAUGGCCUGCAGCGGCGAUGGAACCAUGGCUUGCCUGCAGUUUUCCGAGGAGGAGCUGGGCAAGGCCAUCACCGACACGGACAAGCAUGCCAUAUUCCAGAAGAUGUACGGCCAGGGCUAUGGCGCCGGCCUGAGCCAUCACGUAGGCAUGGAUCAUCCGAAGCGACUGCUCCAACCGCUGGGCGCUGGGCCGCCGCUGCUAGAGGCCAGGCCCGUCAAGUUCCCGCUGAGCAACGAGUCCAAUCAGCGACCCAUUAGCAAGCAGACGGAAACGAGGACCAAGGACGGCAAGCGCCGUAUCACCCCCAUGUUCAUACCCCUCCACGAGGACGGACCGACGUCCAUUGCCAGCAGUAUGGUCUCCUCCCCGGCACCUCUUACCUCUAGUUCGGUGCCCUGUGGCGCCAGCAUUGCGUCCGCGGUGCCCACGGAGGCCGCGGCCACGCCCCGUAUUCCCGAGCCAUUGGUUAGCAAGGCGGACCAGGGUCGCCUCGACUCCAGGCUCAAGACAAUGCCCACCUCCCAGCGCCGACAGUCGGUGCCCUUCGACCCUGGUCAAGCUGGCGCCGAUCAGCCGCGUUCCCCGCGGGUGGAGGAGCACCAGAGCAGCACCUCGGCUGUGCCCAAUCUCAAUGUGACGGCCACCGGGCGCAGUGAGUUCGUGAAGGCCGCCCUCGACUAUCGCCUGCAUGUCCAGAAUGGCCAUUUGAAGACGAAUCACGGCAUGCUGGCUAAGGUGACCGCCUCCGAUUCGAAGGAGAUGCUCUGGGAGUUCUACGUGGGAUCGCCGGUGGUGAAUCUGAAUCUGUGCGGGAAAUACGCCAUGCUGUGCUCCCUGGAUGGGAGCAUGCGACUGAUUUCCAUGGAGACGGGCUGCCCGGUCUUUCCGGCGAUCUCCCUAACCAGUUCCGCCGUCCAUUGCGCCUUUAGUCCGGACAACAGUUUGGUGGGGGUGCUGACCGAGUGCGGAUUGCUGCGCAUCUGGGAUAUUGCCAAGCGGGUGAUUAGCCUGGCCGCCGGCUGCUCAGAGCUGCUGAACAAGCACGGGACUGCCGUCCAGUUUGCUGUGACGGAUCAGGGAAUGCCGCUGAUCGGCUUUCCCAGCGGUAACUCGUACUCCUACUCGACGAGCCUGCAGUCGUGGCUGGUGCUGGCCACCAAGGAUGCCAUUAUGUAUCAUGGCAUCCGUGGAACGCUGCCGCGGGACAUGGAUCAGAUGGCGGAAAGGUUUCCGCUGCUGAGCAUGCAGGCCAGCAGUCAGAAUUACUUUUGCUUCACCGGCAGCAUGGAGCUGAGGCACUCGGAGGCCUGGCAGCAGAGCGCCAAGAUUCGGUUCAUUGAGAACCAGAUUAAGCUGUGCGAGACCCUUCAGUCCCUGGACGAGCUGAAGCACUGGCACAAGAUGCUCACCUUCCAGCUGGCCACGCACGGCUCCGAGAAGAGGAUGCGCCUGUUCCUGGACGAUUUGCUCAGCACGCCCGAGCCGGGUGUUCCACAGGUCGUGCCCAAGCUGGAGCUGAUGCAGUGCGUGCUGGACACCCUGAAACCGCACUCCGAGUGGCAGCGCAUGUACUCCGAGUAUGUGGAGCUGCUGGAGGAGUGCAAGGAGGAGAGAAGCAGCAGCAGUAGCAGCAGCAAGGAGAUCUUUGCCACACCGGCUCCACCACUGCCCAAAGCCGUACCAUCGCCGGCAGACUCACCUUCCGACGGUGGACCAUCGCCCAAUGGCGACGAUGGUGCAGCGGCGUCAGGAGAAGAGGCCACUGGCAAGGCCAGAGGAUCCCCGCCGGCUGUCGCCGCAGUCACAGGCACCACAACGACAACCACCGCCACUGCAGCCAGCAGCUCUUCAUCCUCGGGUUCAGGUUCAGCGUCAGGGUCAUCCUCCUCCGGCUCUGGCUCUGGCUCAGGCUCGUCCUCAUCAUCGUCCUCCUCCUCGUCAUCUCUGUCAGUGCCACCGCCCGCUCCUAGUCUCUCGCCGGAAAUCCAAGUCCUGGACUCACCCACCGUCUGCAUAGACGACGAGCUCUCGGCCUCUUCCUCGCUACCUCCGUUGGACACGUUUCCGGCGCCAGUCUCACCCUCAUCCACAUCCGGCGGAGCCCCAUCCACAUCUCCGCCAGCAGUAGUAGCCGCAGCUGUAGCAGCCGCAGCAGUUUCCAAUUCAAUGGAUCAGACAUGAGACGAAAGACUCCUCCCCCACUAGCCCCACUAAUGUGUUGUGUUUCCCCCCUCUCCCCUAAGCUAUAAGCAUAGGCACUUGCUGUAAAAAGUUUUCUACCGAUUUACAUAUUUCCAAAAACCCCUCAAUCACAACAAUCCACACACAUCGUCAGUUGAUAUUUGUAUUUCUUUAAAAUGUAAAGCAUUAAAUGAUAGAACAAA